AUGGUGGGAUACACAGUUGAGGUACACAGCACAACUUUCUUCACUCUGCAGAGCAUAUACAUCAGGUUCAUUGGAUCCACCUGUAGCAGCAAACCUCAGCUUCUCCACAGUAUUUUGUGCCAACAGGUACGUACAUACAAAGUUUCCUGUGAACAAAGUGUUGGUACCCUCCUUCUAGUUGAAUUGGAGGCCAAGCAAAGUUGGUUCAAGGACUUCUUCCAGGAUUGGUUCUGUAACAAAAUCGUGGUGACCACACCUGAAGGCGAGACGAUCAGCUUCCCAUGUUACAAAUGGCUGAACAGCAAAAAGCCAGUUGUGAGCCUCAGGAAUGACAAAGCUACGCUUAAAAAAGAGGAAACAAACGGCACGCUCCUCAACCAAAGGGAGCAGGAGCUUGAGGUGCGGCAAAAGGACUUCAGAUGGAAGAAAUAUCACGAUGGGGUACCUUAUAUUAUCGAUGCUCAAGAACCAUCUGAUCUCCCUGAAGACGUCAGGUUCUCUUUCACCAAAGACAUAGAGAUGAAAUUCAACGCAGUGUCAGUAUUAGGGGAGCUGCAGCUUGAAAAGUGGACAACCAGCUCAGAUACAUGGGAGUCACUAGAACAGCUUCAUAGAGUCCUCUGGCACCCAAAACCUAACGAAUAUAUCAGGCAGCACUGGGACUCUGAUGAAUUCUUUGGCUAUCAGUUCCUGAAUGGAACGAACCCCAUGGCGAUUCGCUGUUGGCGCACCAAGCUGCCCGACAACUUCCCGGUCACGGAUGACAUGGUCAAGUCGUCUUUGGGAGGAAGCUGUUUACAGAAGGAAAUACAGGAAGGGAACAUCUUCCUUUGUGACUAUAAAAGGCUGAGCGGCUUUGAAGGAAAUACAAUCAACAAUAAAAAGCAGAGUCUGACGGCUCCUCUCUGCUUACUCUAUAGCACUCCUGAGAAGAAGCUAAUUCCCAUAGCGAUUCAGUUGAACCAGAAGCCCGGCGUGGAGAAUCCCAUCUUUCUUCCCAGCGACUCCGAAUGGGAUUGGCUCCUGGCGAAGACCUUUGUGAGGAGUGCAGGAUUUCAUGAACAUGAGCUGAACGUCCAUCUGCUGCAAACACACCUGCUGGCUGAGGUUUUCUCUCUUGCAACAAUGCGCAACCUGCCUUCAGCCCACCCACUGUUCAAGCUCCUGAUUCCCCACACUCUCUACACUUUCCAGAUUAACGUCAUGGCCAGAAACUUGUUGAUCUCAGAUGACGGGGUUUUCAAGAAGUACACCGCUAUAGGGCAUGAUAACGCGGUCAACACUUUUCUGCCAGAUUCGUUCUCAACGCUGACCUACAGCUCUCUCUGUCUGCCGGACAACAUCAAGGAGAGAGGUCUGGAGAACAUCCCGAACUACUACUACAGAGACGAUGGCCUGAAGCUCUGGGACAUCAUCCACAAGUUGGUGAAAGGAGUGUUGACUUUUUACUAUAAAAGUGAUGCCGACGUGAAAGGAGACCCUGAGUUACAGAACUGGAUCUGGGAGAUAUUUGUUUACGGAUUCCUGAGGAAAGAAAGCACCGGAAUCCCCCGCUCUUUCAGCAAAGUGGAGGAGGUUAUCAAGUUCGUCACCAUGGUGAUCUUCACAGUGUCCGCUCAACAUGCUGCGGUCAACAAUGGCCAGUUUGACUUUGGAGGAUGGAUGCCCAACCUGCCCACCACCCUCAGACUCCCUCCCCCCAAGAAGAAAGGAGAAUCCACACUGGAGACCUUCUUCCAAACUCUUCCAGAUGUCUCCACCACCGUUCACGGACUGGCCGUUCUGUUCCUGCUAAGCAAGAAAGCUUCUGACCAUUGUCCGCUGGGCGUCUAUACGCAGGACCUGUUCAGUGAAGCCGUUGCCCGAUGGCACAUUUCAAGAUUUCAGAAUGACCUCCAUAAGCGUGACCAAGAGGUUAACAUCAGGAACAGAAAUCUCCCACUGCCGUACGAUUACUUAAAGCCCGCGAAUGUGGACAACAGUGUUUCCCUUUAG